AUGGUGUGCGUUCUGGUAGUCGUGGACUUCGAGAGCGCCUCGGGAGCUCGACGCGUGGAGGUGCUGAAGCCGGCACUGCCGGGCUAUCCUCGGCGGCACUGCCGCUCGCCCACGCUGCCGCAAGCGCCGCCCCUGCUCCCGCCGGUCAAACGCCUGAGCCCAACCACCCAGGGCUGCCGCGCCACCAGGCCCACCUCGCCCUACGCCCAGCUUCGCUCAACGCCGCCGCUCGCCCUGCGCUCCACCACCAGCAGCCCCGCCCCGAUUGGCCGCAUCACCAGCGCGCAGCGCCGCCACCAUCCGCUCCAUCAGCCGCCACCGCCGCCGCUCGCCACACCACGCGCCCUUGCUCGCCAACAAGGCUGCAUGCCCACCACCCGAUCAACACCUGCUCCUCCACGCACAAGCCCCGCGAGCGCCACCACCAGGGAUCGAUCCCGCGCGCACAGCAUCCGCUUCCGCCCCUGCUCCGCUUGGUCAACCCGCCGGCCUCCAAAUCGAUUCACUCGCGCGCAGCAAGCAGCAACAGCACGCGCGCCUCCUCCAUUUGAUUCCCAAGAUCCACGCCUCGCGCUAGCUCACGCAGAAAUUCCAGAACCGGCACUGCCGGGCCGAUCUGACCGGCACUACCGGCCACAGCACCACGGCACUGCCGCUCGGAACAUACCGGCACUGCCGCCCCUGUAUAUUUCCGCACAUUCGUGUUGUUCAUCCGUGUUCUUCCCGAGCGGGUCACCUCAACAACCACCACCUGCCCGCUCCUUCGACCCGCAGCGCAGGACCUCACCCGCUCGACCUCACCUGCCUCCUAUCGCGCGCAGCCACCUGCAGCUCGAGCUCCACCCCACGCGCGCCCGCCCAGCAGCACCCACCGCCGGCCAAAGCCGCGCCACCCUCCUGCUCCUCACGCCGAGCGCGCGCUCGCCCCGCCCUUGCCUGAGCCGCUCCCGAUUGCUUGCCCACGCGCAGCUGCAGCUCGCUUCCGCCGCCGCGCGCACGCAGCCGAACCGCCCCGCGCGCAUCAACCACCGCCCGGCUCACGUCCCACGCCACCUCCCUCGCCCCACCGCGCGCAAGCUCCGGUCGCCGGCUUCGCUCCCUCCAUGCGCUAGGCCGCGAGCAGCACCACCGGGCGGUGCGUGCCCGCCCCACCUUGGCCCUGCCCGGCUCGCCCUCGACGCGCUCCUCGCAACCGAGCCGCCGCUCCCACUGGACAGCUGCUCGCGCCGUCGCGCGCCUACCGGCCAGGCCGCAGCCUCCGGCUCUACCCGCUCCGUUCCCACCCACGCGCACGCGCCCGCGUUUGAUCCAUCACAGCAACCACCGCUUGAUGCCCAGCUGCUGCAACCAACGCGCAGCGCCAUCCGCUCUGCUCAAUUCCUGCUAAAUUUCAGUUCCCCAUCCACGCACAUUUCCAACCGAUUCCCAAUUUUGAUUUUCCAAAAAAAAAAAAAAUCCUACCGGUACUACCGGAGCUGA